AUGGUUGCCCCCAUUGACAGUAUGAUCCCCGGCGUCAAGGUCGCGCCUGUUUCUUCAGAAGUCUCAUCCAAGAUUCUCACAAAGGAGGCUAUUGCCUUUUUGGCUACGCUUCACCGCUCUUUCAACGCCCGCCGCAAGGAAUUGCUUGCUGCUCGCGUCGCCCGCCAGGCCCGCAUUGACGGUGGUGAGCUGCCCGAUUUCCUUCCUGAGACUAAGCACAUCCGCGAAGACCCAACAUGGCAAGGUCCUACUCUGGGUCCCGGCCUCGAAGACCGUCGUGUCGAAAUCACCGGCCCCACCGACCGCAAGAUGGUCAUCAACGCUUUGAACGCUAACGUCUACACCUACAUGUCCGAUUUCGAGGACUCCUCGGCCCCUACCUGGACCAACAUGGUUGAGGGACAGGUCAACCUCUACGAUGCUGUCCGCCGCAACAUCACGAUGCAGCAGGGUAACAAGCAGUACGCCUUGAACCACGACCGCUCAAAGAUGGACAAGAAGGAGCUUCCUACUUUGCUUGUCCGCCCCCGUGGCUGGCACCUCGACGAGGACCACUUCCUCGUUGACGGUGAGCCCAUCUCGGGUGGUAUCUUUGACUUUGGUCUCUACUUCUUCCACAAUGCCAAGGAGUCCGUCAAGCGCGGCUUUGGCCCCUACUUCUACCUGCCCAAGAUGGAGUCCCACCUCGAGGCUCGUCUCUGGAACGACAUUUUCAACGUCGCCCAGGACUGGGUUGGAAUCCCCCGCGGCACCAUCCGCGCUACCGUCUUGAUUGAAACCAUCCUUGCUGUUUUCGAGAUGGACGAGAUCAUCUACGAGCUCCGCCAGCACUCUGCUGGUCUCAAUUGCGGCCGCUGGGAUUACAUCUUCUCCUACGCCAAGAAGCUCCGGGCCCACCCCCAGUACUUGCUUCCUGAGCGUGACGACGUCACCAUGAAGGUUCCUUUCAUGGCUUCCUACGUCCGUCUGCUCAUCCAGACCUGCCACAAGCGUGGUGUUCACGCCAUGGGUGGUAUGGCUGCUCAGAUCCCCAUCAAGGGCGACGAUGCCGCCAACAAGGUCGCCAUGGGCGGUGUCUACGCCGACAAGUACCGCGAGGUCUCUGCUGGCCACGACGGUACCUGGGUUGCCCACCCCCAGCUUGCUACCAUCGCCCUCGAGGUGUUCAACAAGGAGAUGCCCACCCCUAACCAGAUCUACAAGCGCCAUGAGGAGACCAUUGUCACCGCCAAGGACCUUCUGAACCCCACCAUCACCGGUGGCCGCGUCACUGAGGCCGGUAUCCGCAAGAACCUGUUUAUUGCUCUUGGCUACAUGGAGGCAUGGCUCCGAGGCAUUGGCUGUGUCCCUAUCAACUUUUUGAUGGAGGACGCUGCCACUGCCGAGGUCUCGCGUGCUCAGCUCAACACCUGGGUCCGCCACGGCGUUGUCACUGCCGAGGGCAAGCGUGUCACCAAGGAGUACGUUCUGAACAUUCUCAACGAGGAGGUCGACAAGAUCAAGAAGACCCAGGGCGCCGGCAAGUACGACGAGGCCGCCCGCUACCUUGCGCCCGAGAUCUCCAACGAGCGCUUCAGCGACUUCCUCACCACCCUUCUCUACCCCGCCAUCAAGGGCGACGACAACGCCACCGCUCCCAAGCUCUAA